AGCGAGCAGGUGCAUCGCCGAAGAGAAACUAUGAUGGUGAAAUGUCUGGUGGUCCAGUAAAUCAGCAGAUUGACAUUUUGGAGCUGAAGGAUUUAGAGAGGGAGUAUAUUUUAGCUCGCAGUCGUCUGACUUUGGCCCAGCAGGACCCCUCCUCAGCAGCCAUUGCAGGAGGGGCAUCUUCAGCAGAGAUGGUGACUUUGCUGGUCCAAACGGGACUUUUUGACAUAGCUCUAAUGCUGUGUCAGACCUUUAACUUAUCUCUGACACCCGUUUUUGAGGGACUAACCUUUAAGUGUAUCAACCUACAGUAUAAAGGAGAUCAGGACCAGACUGAGGCGUGGAACUGGCUUGCGGCCAAUCAGCUGCCAUCCGUCAUCACUACCAAAGAAUGCAGUGCGACAGAUGAAGCUUGGCGACUUUUAGCCUAUUAUUUGGAGAAUCAUCCCUCACAAAAUGCGGAAUAUCAUCGCUGUGUUAUCAGCAAGCUACUGUCCCACAGUAUACCGCAGCCUGACUGGCUGGUUAAUGCUCACAAGGUCAUAGAUGCCGCAGCUCUCCUGCGUCUCUAUCUGAACUAUGACCAACUACAGUCAGCAUCUGAGCUUGUGCUGGAGUAUGUCGAUGCUAUGCUUGGGAAGGGAUAUCAGUAUUUUGGCAUAGAGCGACCGCUCUCGGCUACAGCGUCUCUGGUGUGGCUGCCCUACACAUCUAUUGAUCAGCUCUUAAGGAGUCUCAGUGAAAGUCAGAUCAAUGAAAAGAUGUACAAGAAUCUCAAAGAUAAACUAGCAGAUUAUCACAGGUUGGUGGAGCAGAGCAGCAGACACAAACUCAUGGCUCGUUGACCUCAGCUCAUCAUACAUGUACUCAGAAUGAGUCAUGUGUACAUGAAGUUCAUGUUUCUUGAUGGCAUGUAAAGCUGCUUUAUGCUUCCUGCUUAAAACAUUUACAAAAAUGUUUCAUUUGUUUGAUAUAUUUGUGUGAUACAGUGGAUUUUGUUUUCUAUAUAGAUACUCUUAAAAUCUUAACAUUUUGUAUACUCUUGCUUACAUGAGAUGUAAUUUACAUAUGAAAUAAAUAGUUGUUUAAUUGAGGUU